AUACACAGUUCAAAGCAGGACAAACCGAGCUAUUGAGUUUAGGGUCAUAUUCCUUGUUGGUAAAGUAUAAAGAAAAUUUUUAAAAGAUCAUCAUAAAUUAUGGAUGUUGCUUAUCACAGGAGAUGUGAAGAAAGGUGUAGGGACUUGGAAAGUGGCAUUGAGGUAAACUUAGGCUCUUAGCAAUGUUCCAUGUUUAGCCCUACAUGAUGGUUACAUGAGUGUUUAUGACACAUUGCUAUGUUUUCCUUUUGGCUAAUUUCUAAGUGUGCAGUCUAGUUAUAAUAUAAAAAUUAUUAAUUAGAAGAAAUGUUCUGUGAAAAUUAUUAUUACUCUGCUCAUUAUACACUGAAGGAAAAAAUUCACUAUUUGUAUACAUUUAUGUAUAACUCUAAGAGAUUUUAAGUAGAAACUUUCUGAUUUUAGUUACAACUUUCUGAAAGUUGACAUGAUGUUACCUGCCAACCACAGAUUUUUCAAUAGGCUUUUCUUUUAGGCUUAAUUAUCCACUUCAUGUGACAAAAUUUUGACAUUCUCAGUCUGUUUUUCCCUUGAAUCCUGAAUUCCUGACACAACAAGGGUGGACAUGUUUCCCACACUCUUGGUUUAGCAGAAGGCCUAUAUCAGUUACGUUUUUCUGCAAGAGAAAAUCCUCCAAAACUGCUUUAGAUGUUUGUACCUCACACGUCUUCGGAUUUCAUUUUUCUAAGCUAGGUUUGGUGGAUGGCUCUGGUUACUGGAGAUGGGUCAUGUACUGCAUCUUGAAGCUAGUUCAGCUGAUUUAGGCUAGAAAAGGCACUGGCAUUCUGACUCCAUUAGUUUCUCAUUCUUCUUCUGGGAACAGUGUACUAGCCAAAUGAUGUCCUCAUGGUAAACGGAAAACAGCGAGAAACUCCAGUAUGGAAGCCGUCUUAAAUCUCUGUGUAAAGUCUACUAAUUUCCUGAUGACUAAAGCAAAUUACAGGAGGGAAUGCAGAGUCCAAGGUCAAGGUAGUCACCCUGCCUGUGGUGGGAGGGUAGUGCAAGGUUAUAUGACAAAGUGUAGGGUACUUUGAAAUAUUUACAAAAUUACUGAACAUUUUAAUUAAAUAAUUAAUAUUUAAACAAAACAGAGUUGAGUGUAAUUAUACCAAAGACCUAAGCAUGAGAAACAUGCUUGAUAAAUAUUAUUCAUUGUCUGACAGCCGUGAGUGGGAAAAUAGGACUAAUUCCACCUGGAUGAUCUCCCGGAAACUCGUUUUCCAUUUGGGGAAUUAUAAGAAAAUAAUUCUUUCCAUCCCCUAAGGGUGUGAGUGUAUGUGCAUCUAUAUGUUUAUGAGUUUAUUAAUAAUGGUGUCAUAUAAAUUUAUUGGUUAUCAGAAACCAGAUUUUAAGUUGUAUUGGCCUCCCAGGGCUUUCCAAGAUAACCUUAGAUGAUUUUGAUAAAAGGUUUAGAAUCUGGUAUUUAAGUCUGGCAUAAAAAUAAAUCCAUAUUGGUAUGAUCCUGGUUAUGACCAAACUCCUUUAAUGAUUUAGACAUUUACUGUAUGAUAUAUGUAUGUGGUUUUAAAAUUUCCCUAUGAAACAACUGAAGAUGCUGCAUACAAAUUAUGGAGAGGUUAAACAAGGCAAAAAAAUUGCAAAACAUUGAAAAAGAAUAUGCCUUUAUUUGCAUACUGACACAUGAAAAUUCACUUUCCACUUCAACAUCAGUAUAAAAAAUUCAGCAUGUAGCAGGGACACAUAGUAUAUUAAGAGGAGUGAAUUUCAGUUGUUUUGAGAAUAACAAUAUUUUCUAUUUCUAUAAAGACAGCUUUGAACUCAUCCAUUAGUAUAUGCUGGUGCUUUCCUGUUGACAUUAGUCACAGAAUUUAAAGGCCCAAUGUUAUUGCACAGUUAGUAAUCAAGUAUUUAUUGAAGUUAAAGUCUGGAUAUUAAAGGAAUCAGAACCAGUGUUAUUAAGCCUGCAAUUUUUUUUGGUCUAACAUCUAACAUGAUGUAUUUUCUGUUCAUCAUUUUAUCAAUUCUGUUAGUGUUUGCAUUUGUUCUUGGAAAUUUUGCCAAUGGCUUCAUAGCUCUAGUAAAUGUCAUUGACUGGGUUAAGACGCGAAAGAUUUCCUUAGUUGACCAAAUUCUCACUGCUCUCGUGAUCUACAGAAUUGGUUUACUCUGGGCCAUAUUAUUAUAUUGGUAUGCAACUGUGUUUAAUUCGGCUUUACGUAGUUCAGCAGUAAGAAUUUUUGCUUCUAAUAUCUCGGCAAUAAUCAACCAUUUCAGCAUCUGGCUUGCUGCUAGUCUCAGCAUAUUUUAUUUGCUCAAGAUUGCCAAUUUCUCCAACCUUAUUUUUCUCCACCUACAGAAGAGAAUUAAGAGUGUUGUUCGAGUGAUGCUGUUGGGGCCCUUGGUAUUUUUGAUUUGUAAUCUUGCUGUGGUAACCAUGGAUGAGGGUGUGUGGACAAAAGAAUACGAAGGAAAUGUGACUUGGAAGAUCAAGUUGAAGAAUACAAUACACCUUUCAAACUUGACUCUAAGCACGCUAGCAAACCUCAUACCCUUCACUCUGACCCUAAUAUGUUUUCUGCUGUUAAUCUGUUCUCUGUGUAAACACCUCAAGAAGAUGCAGCUCCAUGGCAAAGGUUCUCAAGAUCUCAGCACCAAGGUCCACAUAAAAUCUCUGCAAACUGUGAUCUCCUUCCUCAUGUUGUUUGCCAUUUACUUUCUGUGUCUAAUCACUUUAACCUGGAGUCCUUGGAAACAGCAGAGCAAACUUGUAUUCCUGCUUUGCCAAACUCUUGCAAUCGUGUAUCCUUCAUUCCACUCAUUCAUCCUGAUUAUGGAAAAUAGGAAACUAAAACAGAUCUUUCUUUCAGUUUUGUGGCAGGUGACACGCUGAGUGAAAGGACAGAAACCCUCAACUCCAUAGAUUCACAAGGGGAGCAUCAUGUGUCUUCUAGCAGUAAACAAACUGACGGUGUGUGGAACAUUUUAUAUUUCUAUUGAUUGUUCCAUAGUGUAUGUAUUUGAGUAAUUAAAAAAAAAAUACCUAGAAAAGUCUUACAUAUAUAUAUGGGUGUAUAUGUGUGCAUGUAUAAAUAACAACAUUGACCAUAAAUUAUGAAGCUGAGUAUAUUUCACAUGUAUAUUGUAUGUAUAUUUUAUUAUAGCUCAUUGUAUAAUAUUUCCUUUGAAGAAAUUAUUAUUAUUUAUAAUUAGGAACUUACAGCUUUUAUCAGGAAAUUAAUGCUGUUUUCCACUGUAAUUUGUACCACAUAUAUGUACUUAACUAUCAUUGGUGAACCCCUAAUUUUUUGGAUGGUAAAGACAUGCAAUUCUAAAUCAAUGAUGAGAAUGUAUCUUUGGGGUAGGUUUUAUUUCAUUAGGAAAUCUGAUUUUAUGUUUAGUAGAAAGCAAAUUGUUAGCUAAUGAUGCACACAACAAAAUUUGAGUGA